UGCGUCAACGUUUAUGUCUCUAUUAUCUCUAUGUGUUGUACUUGGUGAUGGUGAAUAAAUAGGUCGUUCGCAGAGGGCUCGUUAGGAUGACGCCAUGGGACUAGGCACCGUCAUGCCUUCGGAUGACGUGGUCGUGGCAAUCGACGAGUGGUGACGGGGGUGGUACAGGCUGGAGUCUGGCAGGGGCUUGUCGUCCACGAUCGAGUUGGACGUGUCUUCGUUGGCUAGAGAUAUCUUGCACAUGUUGCGGUGCGUUCGCUUGACAUUGUAGUCUGCGACGUAGUUGAGCGCAUCCACCCACGCUUCCAUGUCGUCUUCGGACGCGCAGGCCACGAGGAGGCGGCGGGCCGGCGUCGCGAUGGCGAUGCGCCAGACCGUUCCGCCACUGACGCGGCGAUCUGCGUCCGGCAUGAUCUCGAUCGAGUCGAGGGUACAGUAUCGCAUCGACACCAUCCCUUUAACUUCCCCCUUGGAGCUCCUGUAUCUCAGUUCGUCGAGGGUGAGCUCGAAGAACCGAAGCUUCCAGUUCUUGCGCUUGAACAGGCUCCCGCCAGCGCCUUGCUUGAACAGCGCGCCUUCCUUCACGAUAUUGUCGUGGUUGCUGGUUGUCCUAGUGGUGAUGCUCAUUCUAGACGAGAGAAUGUAGAAGUGGCAACUGCUGGAAGGAUAUCUCUCGUUGCACCCUGGCCCAGUUGAGUAACAUCCAGC